AUGGCUGCAAUCGGAGGGCUGCAGGUGCGUGUUUUUGUGGUGUUUCUUCUCGUGAUUGUACCCUCUGCUCCGACGAAAGCUAGUUUGGAUGAGCAAAAGAAUGUUUUAGUCAUAAUCGGAGACGAUGCAGGCUUCGAAUCUCAGGUCUACAAUAACACUGUAUGCAAAACGCCUAAUCUAAACAAACUGGCCAAGAGAAGUGUCAUUUUUAGGAACGCUUUUACCUCUGUGAGUAGCUGUUCCCCAAGCAGGUCAGCCAUACUAACAGGUGAACUCUUGAACAGUAGCGAAUGCAAAACUGUAAUGUAUCAUAAACAUAACAAGAUCGCCCCAUACAGCCUAUGGGGGGGUACUUUUGAAUAUGGGGAUGUGCCACUAGGACCCUGGAAGCCUAACUGAAUUUUGCUACCCUAUCCUUACCCUAGGAUAGGGAUGGAUUUUGGCAGUUAACUCUAGGAUAGGGUACCCUGAGGUCAGAGGCCCUUCAAUCUUCUUAGAUAAGUCAAGAAGAGGGUCCCUUCCUCUUCCCAACAUAUAUAGGAAGAUCGAAAAGCACCUGCUCUCAGGGUACCCUAUCCUAGAGUUAACUGCCAAAAUCCAUCCUUAUCUUAGACCUAGAGUCACUGUUUUCCAGAAACUGCUGAGAUUGAUGCUUUAUAUAUCUUUGAAAUUAAAUUGAAAUGUGAAGGGUUUGAACCCAGGAGUCAUUUCAAAAGUAGGUUGAGUGUGAUCGUCUGGGUGAACGUAGUCCUGAAUAGGACUGUUGUUGUUGCCAGUGACUGACGUUUCUACAACCUGUGCGGUAGUCAUCUUCAGAGUCAAAGUGAGUUGUAUCACGUCAGUUGAUGGCAUACUCUCAGGUUAUUGAUCUGACUGGGCAAUUAUGUCGCGAUGUUAUUGGUCGUCUGUCCGUUAAGCCGUGAUGUUAUUGGCUAUGAAGACUCGUAAUCAGUAAUUGGUGCAUUUCGAUCUGUCUGUUAAUUGUCACAGUUAAACAGUCGUCUAUUGUUAGUCAAAUUGUCAGUUCUCCAGUCGUUAUCUCGUAGUUAGUUUUGCUUGAUCUCAUCAAUAAGUCGUCAAUUUCAGUUAAGAAUCAUUGUUACUUGUUCAUUUUGCUUUCUGUAACAGAAGAGGUCUGCGAAAUGAGGUCAAAAGACCUUGAAUUUAGGCAAAAUUGGGGUUAAUCAAGGUAUUACCCAUUUAUUUUACUAUUAUGAUGGGGGAACAAAAAAAUGUUUGUUAUACUAUUAGUGUUGUUAUAUCAAAGCUUCACUGUAUUUAAAUGGUGAGCUUGAGUGUCAAAGUGAUUAUUUUCAAGGUUUGCCACAGCACCAGAAUGGAAUGUAUGGACUUCAUCAUGACGUUCAUCACUUCAACACAUUUGAUGAAGUCAGGAGUUUGCCUCUGUUAUUGGAGAAGGCAAAUGUGCGAACUGGAAUCAUAGGCAAGAAACACGUGGGCCCUGAAUCAGUGAGUCUUCCUUUUCAUUUAUACCUGUUUACAAUCAAGCUUUUAAGAUUUGUAGAUGUUCUGAAGGUAUCCAGGCAAAUGUUGCUCAAAAGACAUCUUGAUCAAUUCUAGGUAUGUCAACAGCUCAGUGACAUCAUAGCAGCCUGUCGGUUGAUAUGUUAGAAGAAAAGCAUAUUGGGCGAAAGCUUGUUUAUGCUAAUAAGUUUUCUAUCAUGGGAUUUGAAACCUUGUUUACUUUAAACCAUUCUGACACUUUAUAGGAUUGUAACCCUUUAGGUCCCUGAAGGGAGACCAACAUCAAUUUUCUCCGUGUUACAUCCAUACAUCAUCAAGAGAAACAGUUGUGAGAAUUAAUAAAACGAUCAACAAAGGAAAAAUGAUAGAGCCAAUCAUGAUUAUAAGCUCUAUGUAAAAGUUGCCACCCUAAACUGCUACAAAAUUAAUAUUCUUUCGUUGUACAGAUCAUUAAUGUGUGGAAUAACUUGCCUAAAUAUGUUGUCCACACAGGAUCGCUGACUUUAUUAUGCAACAGAAUAAGGAUUUAUGAAUAUUAUUUAAAUAAAUAUGACUGUAAAUAGUUUCAAUAAUUAUUAUGAUAAGCAAAAUAAUGAUGUUUUUUAUUCAAGUUUUGAGUUUUUAGAUUUUUUCUCUGUAUAAUGUUUUAGAUUCUAGAUUUUACAUUUUUUUCUCUUUUAUUUUGGGGAGUCUUUUAUAUACUAGGGAUAACCUCACCCUUUGGAGAGAUCUUUUGUUUUGUUUUCUAUCUCUUGUUUAAUUAUUUAGUAUUGUAUUGUAUGAUUUGAUCUUUUAUCAAAUUCUCUUAACAAAUAUUUUAAGGAAAUGCAUGGAGAUCUGCAGUCUGAUUGUGGAUAUUGGGUAAAAAAAGAGUUGUCAGCAGACCACCCAUAUGCAAAUCAGACAAUCAAUUGGCCUUCCGUUUUUUAGAAGCUUGCAUCCUGAAGAGAAAGAACUGAAUUAAGAAAAAGCUUUAAUUUGUGUCUUUUAUUAUUUGUGGCUGUAACUUACAGUUCAAAGUGGUGGCUCUGGCUUUUGCAUUUUUUGAGGGGAGGGAGCUGGGGAUUUAAUGUUUAGAUGAAGGGAGUGUCGCUGAGCUGUCGUUAAGGGCUGUAACCGGGGCUUUCACCAAGAUUUCAAGUUGCUGGGUAAAUACAACAAGUAGGCGGGGAAUCAGACAGCUAGUGGUUUCUUUUGGUUCUAUUUUUUUCCUUUUUCCUAUGAAAGUAACGGGGGGCUAUGUUCUUAGUAGCCAGGGGAAAUCCCUGGCCCCCGCCUCUUAAUGACAGGCCUGGCUGUAACUAAUUACACCUGGCAUAUUACAGCUGAGCUCACUUGAUGUUACAGCUAAUCAAAUAAUUAGAAAUUUUAAAACAACACAAAAAUUUUUUUUUGUGAGAUGUGAUGGAUGAAAUCUUCAUUUGUUGUGCAAAUGGCUGCGUUAAAAUCUUAAUGAAAGCCCUGAUAUGGGUUAGGAGGGGAUGCAUGCACACACCCAAGGAACCCUAUCACCCCCGCCCCCUUCCACUGACUUGUGCUCAUUGAUAGUAAAAUUAAUCUGUUUGCAGGUGUAUCCUUUUGACUUCUCAUACACAGAAGAAGAUCACCAUUCCAUUCUUCAAGUUGGUCGUAACAUUACAUAUAUAAAGGAAUUGACACGGAAGUUUCUUCAGGGAUCCUUGGAAGACAAGCGACCAUUCUUUCUUUACAUCGGUUUCCAUGACCCUCAUCGAUGUGGCCACACCCAUCCUGAAUAUGGUAAUGUCCCUGAUCUGCUUUGUCAGUGUGUUCCACUGUAGAGAAACAGAAAGGGUCAGUUAUUUAAAUGAAGUCUAACUUAGGCCAUGGUUUAAGAAAUCAUUGGAUCUGCAGAUAUCUUACUUAGAGGGUUAAUUUCAGAAAAUAAGUGCUUUUUCUGUCUUGAAAUUGUUUACAAUAAAUGGUGUUUCUAGACAAAAGCAUUGGGAAAACUGAAAAUAGCUUUUUUAUAAUAGAAUGCGUUUUUGUUAAACAUAGCCUAAACUCGGUUUAAAUAACUGGCUGAAAAUGUUUAUGUAAAACCACUGCCAGGAGUAUAUGUGUGAAAGUCAUGCGAAAACAAGGUGAUAAAAUGGCCUAUUUUCACAUGUUUUUCACAUACUUUUCACAGGCAUUUCACAUGCAUAUUUCACAUUGAUGUGAAAUUAUGUAUUGUGAAAUAGAUGUGAAAAGGGUGUGAAAUCGACCUUUUCAGACUUAAUUUUCACAUACAUUUCACUCAGGGUUAAUUCUCAGUGAAACAGUCAUAAGAAAACAGUCAGCACAAUGCAGGGAUGAUAUGACAUUUUUGUUCAUUUGGAGACAAAAACUGAAUGCCAGUUGUGAUGAAUAGGUCUCAAAAAGCAGUGCCUGUUUGUGUAAGAGUGAAAAUUAAUGAUGAAUAAUAUGCAUGGCCAGAUCAAACUGAAAACUGCAAGGCGUCAAAUGACCUCCAUGAUAAGUGACUAGCACUUGAUAGCAUCACAUAAAACGUCUGCUAGAAAUGAUCAUUUGACAUAGGCAUUAGUGGAGAAAAGUUAUCUAUUAAAGACUCAAGGCUCCUUUCUUAUUAUUUUCCAGGGAAUUUUUGUGAGAAGUUUGGAAAUGGAGAAACUGGCAUGGGGCUUAUACCAGACUGGAAACCUGUUCUCUACUCCUCUGAGGAAGUGAUUGUUCCUUAUUUUGUUCAGGACACGCCUGCUGCCAGACAAGACAUUGCUGCACAAUACACUACAAUCAGUCGUCUUGAUCAAGGUAUAGGUUUGAUCUUAAAUGAACUAAAGCAAGCAGGCUUUGACGACAACACGCUAGUUAUUUACAGUUCCGACAAUGGUAUCCCUUUUCCGACUGGACGGACUAAUCUUUUUGAUCCAGGGAUGGCAGAGCCCUAUCUUGUGUCAUCACCAUACGCUCCUGGACGCUGGGGUGAUAUCAGUGAAGCUACAGUGAGUCUCUUGGAUAUAGUACCCACUGUUCUGGACUGGUUUGAUAUUGAUUACCCCUCGUACAAAGUCUUGGGCAACAAUGUACAACUGACUGGAAAAUCAUUAUUACCAGUGUUACAGCAGGAACCAAAAACAGGAUGGGACACUGUGUUCGCUAGUCACAACUUACACGAAGUCACAAUGUAUUAUCCAAUGAGAGUCAUUAGAAAUGGAACCUUCAAACUGAUUCACAAUCUAAAUUACAAGAUGCCGUUUCCCAUCGAUCAGGAUUUCUUUGUGUCACCAACAUAUCAAGAUCUUUUGAAUCGAACAGAGGAGGGAAAACCCACUGGAUGGUUUCGUACGUUGCAUCAGUAUUAUUAUCGUGACCAGUGGGAAUUAUACAACUUGAAAACUGAUCCCAAGGAGCUGAAAAACCUGAUUAGAAAUCCUGCUUUUCAGGAUGUGUUUAAGGAGUUGUUUCACAAACUGACAGCUUGGCAAAAUCUGACAAGUGACCCAUGGAUCUGCUCGCCUGGCAGCGUGCUUGAAAACAGAGGACGAUAUCCAAGAUCUGGGGUAUGCCUUUCCAUGGACAAUGAUGUGUAAGAAUAAUAAAUUACAGUGGAACCUCAUUAAUAUGGUCACUAAAGGGUCAAAACAAUAUUCGGCCGUAUUAGCAGGGUGGCUGUAUUACCAGGGUAGGGUGAAAUUUCAUGACAUAACAAGGACCUUAAUGACAAAGACAUCAUACAUCACAUUCCGGUGGAUAGAGGUAUCCAGCCUUUGAACAACUGAGGCCAGAUCUUUUUCAUAAACAACCAGACUGUAGAUAUCAAGUACAGUAAUUGUAAAAACUACUUGAAACUUUUCUUUCUACUCAUGAAACUCUUUUAAUGCAUUUUAAGUGUAUGUAGUCUAAGACCGGGCUCAGCUUACUUCAUCAGUGAAAUUGACAUGUCAUAGGCAUUUUAAUUUUCUAAAUUUCGAACAAGUGGCUAUAUACCAGUAAACAAGGUGAAAUUAUUGGUUGUAUUAAUGGGUGACCACAUUAACGAGGGUUUUCUGAGAGAACAUGUAUGGCCAUUUUGCCAGGCUGAAAAAAAGUGGCCUUAAUAACUAGGUGACCAUAAUUAUUACCAAGGUAUCCAUAAGGCGGGGUUCCACAGUAAUUUAAUUUAGUAAAAAAAAUAAUCAUAAUGAAUAAAUAGUCCAGUGAAUUACUUUCAACACUCAGGGUUUCCAUGGUCAGUGGAAAAUCAGGAAAAAACAAAAAUUUUAUUUUUCAAGGGCAGGAAAAAGUCAGGGAAUACUUUGAAAAGCCAAAAGAGAUUGAAAAUGAAGAUAGGGACAUUGGUGGACUACAAAAAAAGCAAGCAAAUGUUAGCCUGCAUAACAGGCAUUAUUUUUUGCAUUUUCAGGCGAGCAAAGUCAAAGCGGGAAGUGAGUGAGGAGCACCAGACACACGUGAUGGGGAAAGGCGCAGUGUCUGUGCUUCUCACUCAAUUUACGCUUGCCUUCGCACACCUUCACACGUCUUUGAAAAAAUAACACCUGUUAUACAGGCUAGCAAAUAUAAGCUUGGAUUGAAUUUUUAUAUAUUAUUCACCUAAUGCAAGGUCAGUUAAAGUCGGGGAAUUUUUGAGGGGCAACUCUGAAUCCUGUUGCAUGGUUGUAGUUUAGGUGUGUGAUAACUAAGAAAUGGUGGAUCUAAAUAACAGCAUGAAAUGCUGCCAUUUUUAUUAAUACUUUUGCUAGAUUUUUAGCUACCAUUGUUGCUACAUGUACAAAAGGGGCAAUACCAUGCAGGAAAGAAACCAAAAAAUCUUUAAAUGGAUUUGUCAGUGAGACAGCAACAAUGGCAAGAAGUAUAAAAAACUUGGUGGGUCACAGAUUUUUAUUCAAAAACUGCUUGCCACAUACAUAUUUUUUAUAUAUAUUUUCUAAGAUGCAUACCCACAAAAUGUACAGAUCAUG